AUGGAAUUAAGGUUAAUUCCAGUUAAAUUUAGCAAUUUUGAUAGAAUUGAAAAUGUUCAUGUAAAAGUUGCUGGGAUUAGACUAGACGCACCAUAUAUUAAAGGUCUUGAACAAAAUGUUAUAGAUUUAGCCUGUGAUGAGGAUAUCUUCAGAAGAACAAAAACCUAUCAUAAUGCAAACUUGACUGGCAGAUUCAUCUUAGGCCAGUGGCAUACUCAAAACCUAUGGCUAAUGCCUUAA